AUGAAUUUUGGCGGAAGCGCGUUCGAUGAGGUGGAACGAAGGAAAUUGCUAGAAGAGAAUGAAUUAUUGAGAAGAGAAAUUGAAGAUUUAAAACAUUUAAACAAGGAAUUAAUGUUGGAGAGUGAUGAUAACGAUGCCCGAAUUAUCAAAAACUACAAGGCAAAAAUUGCUCAAUUGGAAAGACAAGUUCAAUUACUCACCAAAUGUAAUAAUAUUAAAUCGGAAUCAAUUUCAGACAUUGAUAAUUUUAUUUCAGAGAUUGUUGGUGAUGAAAAUGAUUCAUCACCGCUGGAUAGAGCUCAGGUGAGAAAAUGGGGAAAGAUGAUUCAAGAAAAGAUUCGAAACUACAACAUUAUGACAAAACAAGCAGAAAAUCAAAAAUAUUAUAUGGAGAGCAAAUACCUUGGAUCAGCAGGCCAUCAAGAUACUAUUCAAAAUGUUUGCAAUUAUUCCAAGAAUGAUGAUAUACCCUAUCUUGAUGUUACCAAUGUAUUGGAGCUUGAGAAUGAUCUCAUUCAUGUUUAUAGAAAUCUGUACAGAAUGCGAACUCACCUAACGAACAACAAGGACACUAUUAAGGACCCUAACUUUGUAUUAUUAUCCAACAUCACCACCAACAAUAUUUCUAAAAUAUUGAAUGAAAUGGUAGAACUCUCUCUGAUACUUCCAAAGAAAGAUAAAUCUUCCUCGAGUGAAGAGAUCAGCUCCUCAUAUCAUCAAUUCUAUAACCCAAUGUCUCUUAGCACAGCGGAGGUGAUGUCAAAACUUCCAAGAAUUGGAAAUUCAAAAACCUCAAAGGAUCUUGAGGACAGUGUUAAAAACUUGGUAAGAGCGUUUCAUGCUCAAAAAUCCCUAUUUGAGAUUGAUUUACAGCUGAAACAGGAGGAGCUUAAUAUUUCCACAAAAACGAGUAGUUUCUACAGUUCAUACAUGAGCGAAUUGCUAAAGGAAAUUGAUCAGAAGUACAAAGAGUACACCAAUCAAAUACAGCCUCUUCUCCAAGAAGGUCUCUACCAAAACAAAAGAAAUACAUUAGAAGAAAUUGUUCAUGCAUUUGAGGAGUUCGAUAAGGACAGCACUGAAGAGAAUCUACGAGCAUUUCUCCUAGCGUUUAAAGACAAUAUCUAUUCAAUGUUGUCAGAUGAAGACAACAAAGGACCAUUGACGAAAAAACCAAAAUCAUCAAAUAUCAAUAUUAAGGGUUAUUAUGAGAAAUUUAAAAGACACAUUGAAGAAAUUCAAACUGAGUUUGAAAUCAGAAAAAACGAAUUUAUUGAGAAAAUGUAUAAUCUAAAUCCUGAGGUUGAAAAGUCAUCCACAGUUGCUCAAUCGAAUGGUAAUGUGAAAAUAUCAUCCAAUCGAUUGUCAAUAGUGAGAAAAGAGCCGAUCAAAGCUCAACGAUCUAUUGAUGUGGGAGUGAAUGAAAAUGUAGCUUCCUCAUCUGAAUCCCAGGUGACACCAAAAAUUACUUCAACCAAACAAGAAACUUCCAAGCUUAAUCCAAAUGUUCGAGAAAUAGCACAAAGAGUGGAGGAUCAAAAACGAAGAGUGCAAACAUUAACAGAAAGUCUAUCUGUGAGAGGUAUUUCAGAUAUGCAACAUUAUGCAAUUUCCAAACAAAUUAAAACCGAGAAGGCUGAGUUGUUGAAACUAGAACGAACAUUAAAAAAUCUUCAAGAAUAA